UCGUUAUUCAAAGCACAUGAGUGUGUUUCCUCAUUGAUGCAUGCAUGCUUUUGACGUGUACAGAGCAGGACAGCACAAAUGCAUGCCAUCAUAAGGUUUGCAUUCGUGCAGUACAACACAAAGAGCGCGCGCGCGACACUGACAGUGCAUUUGUAAUCAAAGGUUAAGACAGCGCGCGAGCAUGGCGUCCGCGUACGGCUGUCAGACACUGAGCAAAGAUGAUGUGAACUACAGAAUGCAUUUCCGCAUGAUCAACGAGCAGCAAGUGGAGGAUAUCACCAUCGACUUCUUCUACAAGCCUCACACGAUCACAUUACUCACGUGCACCGUGCUCAGUCUGAUGUACUUUGCGUUCACGCGAGAUGAUGGUAACCCUGAUAGUAACCUGUGGGUGGGACUGAUCCUAGUCAUCUCCUUCUUCCUGGUCAUCAGUGUCCUCGCCUUCCCCAACGGCCCGUUCACAAGACCUCAUCCAGCAAUAUGGCGGAUUGUGUUCGGACUGAGCGUGAUGUACUUCCUGUUCCUCGUCUUCAUCAUCUUCCUGAACUGGAAGCAGGUGAAGGCGCUCAUGUACUGGCUCGAUCCAAAUCUGCGUUACGCCAAAAGAGAAGCUGAUAUCAUGGAGUAUGCAGUGAACUGUCACGUGAUCACAUGGGAGCGAAUCCUCAGUCACUUUGACAUCUUCGCCUUCAGUCAUUUCUGGGGUUGGGGAAUGAAAGCUCUCCUCAUCCGCAGCUACGGCCUCUGCUGGACCAUCAGCAUCACGUGGGAGCUCACGGAGUUGUUCUUCAUGCAUCUUCUUCCUAAUUUUGCGGAGUGCUGGUGGGAUCAAGUGAUCCUGGAUAUUUUACUAUGUAAUGGCGGGGGAAUCUGGCUGGGAAUGACUGUCUGCCGAUUCCUCGAGAUGCGCACAUAUCACUGGGGCAGUAUCAAAGACAUUCACAGCACCACAGGGAAGAUCAAACGUGCCGUUCUGCAGUUCACUCCUGCCAGGUGGACGUAUGUGCGAUGGUUCGAUCCAAAGUCUUCUUUCCAGAGAGUCACAGGAAUUUAUCUGUUCAUGAUCAUCUGGCAGCUGACAGAGUUGAACACAUUCUUCCUGAAACACAUCUUUGUGUUCCCAGCAUGCCAUGCUCUCAGCUGGUGCAGGAUCCUCUUCAUUGGAAUCAUCACGGCACCAACUGUGCGGCAGUAUUAUGUGUACCUUACGGAUACACAGUGCAAGCGGGUCGGGACACAAUGCUGGGUGUUUGGGGCAAUUGCAUUCCUGGAGGCACUGGCCUGUAUUAAAUUCGGACAGGACUUGUUUUCCAAGACACAGGUCCUCUAUGUGAUUUUGUGGCUUCUGUGUUUGGCUUUCAUCACAUUCCUCUGUCUCUAUGGGAUGGUCUGGUAUGCCGAGAACUAUGGACCCAGAGAGAAGAGCUACUCGGAGUGUGAAGACAGCAUUUACUCUGAGACGGCAGCUGACAGUGUGUCUGAAUGCAAAGGGGAGUUUGAGAUAGGCAGCACAACUUCCCCUUCUAGACGGAAAGGGCAGGACUCUGGAAACGGCAAACCCAUCAACGGCACGGAGAAAUAAAAUAUUUAGCGCCACUUCGACAGGUUGAACGAAGAGAGA